CCCGGGCCAGUCCCGUUACCGCCUGCUGCUCCGUUGCACCGCCCUGCCGCGCGCCUGCAGCCCUGCGUCCCCGCCAGCCAUGAAGGCGGCCGUCGCCAGCAGCCCAGCUCCCCAGCCACAACUCCGGAGCCGCCGCAGGGCGAAGGCUCGGCCGUCCUACGUGGACGAGACGCUGUUCGGCAGCCCAGUGAGGGCUCGCCCGGCGCCGCCGGACUUCGCGCCCCCCUGGGCAGAUGAGGCCGGUGCCGCGAGGCCCUUGGUGUGGAGCCCGCCUGCAGCCGGCGCCAGGUGGAAAGCGGAGGCCGUGGCACCCUCCGCCUGCACGCCGCAGGGCACCCCCAGGAAAAGGAACAAGUACAGGUUGACAAGUCACACUCCGUCCUAUUGCGAUGAGUCCCUGUUUGGCACCAAGCCUGAGGAUCCGGCCUGGGCAGCUUCUUGGAUGAAGAAAGAAGAUGUAGCCAAACUUCGUCCACUGCUCUGGAGCCCGUCAUCCGCCUCCCGAAACCAGUCGAGCCUUUCUCCUCGCUCCAAGGAGACACCCUUGAGAGCUGUCCACCCACAAGCCCCAGCAUCACCAGUGCUAGCCGACCUUGGCGCAGAUCGUAAGGGCAAGUCCUACAUCUGGAAACGGCCCGAGAGUGAUUUGGACUCUGAAGGCCGGGGUGCUCCCAGCAGAGGACGUUCCCAGUCUCUCACCCGGCUGAACGCCUCUCCAGAUAGCUUCCGACUAGCUUCAAGCAACCCCAAGACAGAAAAGCAUAAACAUCAGUCAGCCCCCGUGACGCCCCGAAGCCCUCUGAUGAGGGUUCGGUCUAAGAGCGUGUCUGCGCCCUCUUUUGCCAGGAACUCCAAGGCAGCGGUUGUCUGCAAACCCAAGCCUCCCUGGAAGUAACAGGAAAAGUCCCUAUCUGUGUAAAUACACCCCUAACUUACCCGCAAGGGGGAUCUGACAUCCCAAUGAGUAAGUCUCCAGGGACUCUGGAGCCUCUUGCGGCCGCAAACGAGGGAAGGAGCUGAGAGAGAUGGGGGGCUCCUCCACCAGGGAGGACGAGCCAGGAGCUGAGAGAGACCACAGCGUCGGUGAGGCAGCGAACGACCUCCCUGGGCAGGGCGCAUUCCCGCAGCACCCGAGCAGGACAGCCGUUGUGGUCAUAACAGCUUUCAAUGCCUGUCCAGUGAUCAUCAAAUGAGGCGAGGUAACGAGGUUGCUUCUGUCCAGGAUGUGCAGUCAGGAGAGCAGGAGACAGGACUGCCGACAGCGUAGGUGCAGGGCCCAGCCAGGAGACAGGCCUGGACGCAGGUAUACCUACUGCGUAGCUUGGGCUAGGAUGGGGGGCUGGGCCCGAGUGCAGGGGGGCUCUUGGACCGGAAGAGCAAGGCAGUGUCUGGAUGGACAGGGCAAUUCAGGUCUUCUGGUGCCCUGACAGGAACCUCCGCUAGCUGUUUCUGGGGAUAAAGGGGUCUGGCUUCAUCCUGCCUGUUGCAUGCAGUCACAGCAUCAUUUGGGUUGGACGGGAUUCCAGGGGAUCUCUAGUCCAAACCGCUCAAAGCAGUGGGGUGAGACAAGGUUGCUCAGGGCUUUAUCUAGUUGGGUCUUGGAAACCACUGAGGAUCAAGACUGCACAACGUCUCUGGCACCCUGUUCUGAUGCUUUGCUGUCUUUGCGAUGAAAAGGUUUUUGCUUGUAUCCAGCCAGAGCCUUUCUUAUUGCAAUUUUUGUCCGUUGCCUUGUUCUGUCGUGCACCUUAGCGAAGAGCCUAGCAUCAUCUUCUUGGUAACCUCCUUGUGGGUGCUGCUAUGAGAUCCCCCCAAAACCUUCAUUCUCUAGGUUGAACAAGAUGGUUUUAUUUGCAUCCUCUGAUCACAGGGCACAUGCUCCAGUCCCUGACCAUCUUGGGGGCUCUCUGCUGGACUUGCUGCAUUUAUCAACGCUUUAAUGUUUUAACCAGAUGAAAAUGUCCCUUUGGCCAAGGAAAGAGAAAGGAGAGCACGCAGAGAGGUGAGAAAUGGCAUCGCCCUACGUCCUUCUCAUGGCGGGAUGCUCUUACAGUGGAUGGGUUUGUGUGGCAGAGUGAGGACCUAUCUUGGUGAAUUCAGCAGCCACCUGGGAUUGGGCUUUGCUGACUGGACACAAAAAUUCUGUGAUUCUUAUUGAACGCUGUGAGGUGCUGUCACAGCGAUGCCACGCUUGCAUACAAAUAAAUGAUCAAAGGCAAAUC